GGCGUCCUUGUUCCACCCCUGCUGGGCAGGCAGAAAGAUAUAUCUACCCCUGCAUACCGAUACAGACAUACUUAAUUUACCCUACAAUCUGCCCCUGGAUGAGCCCACCUGUCUGGAGGGGAGCAACAAAACAUACUGGACUUUCUCUGCCAACGUAACGUUAUUUUUAACAACUCACAGCAGCACCGUUAGCUGGCUAAGCUAGCAGGAAGAGGUAGCUAACGACAGUUGGCUAAAACUCCUGCUCCGCUGAAGACCUCCCACUGCAAGGUGCUGGACCUUACAGACUCAGUUAUGUGAACUGCUCUGAUGUGUAGAUGUGUAAACCCUGACAGUGCCUGGCUAAGACAGCUCUUUAGCUGGUCUAGAGGACCAUACUAUAGCUGUGACAUAAACCUCCAACAGACCUGCCACUGAUUUGGCUGAACAGGUGUAUGUUGGCGUGGAUUGUAGCAUAAGUCCCCAGAGCAGCCUCUUCCCCUCCACUCCCUCUGCUCUCCCUGUAGGACUAUGCCUCUGGGUUUGGGAAGAAGGAAGAAGGCGUCCCCGUUAGUGGAGAACGAGGAAGCAGAGCCCAUCCGCGCAGGUCUCAAUGUGCCGGGUAUGGAUGGCCUAGAUGGGGGUGUUGUUGGGCUGGGAGAAGGUGCCACCUCUGAAGGUCUGCCUCCCCCACCCAGCAGCAUGAGACCUCGCCUCAUCUUCCACACCCAGCUCGCUCACGGCAGCCCUACCGGCCGUAUUGAGGGUUUCAGCAAUGUCCGGGAACUCUAUGCCAAGAUUGGUGAGGCCUUUGGGAUACCACCAUCUGAGGUUAUGUUUUGCACACUGAACACUCAUAAGGUGGACAUGGACAAACUGUUGGGAGGUCAGAUUGGACUGGAGGACUUUAUUUUUGCCCACAUUAAAGGCCAAAAGAAGGAAAUAGACGUGUUCAAAGGGGAGGAUGCACUAGGGUUGACGAUCACUGAUAAUGGAGCUGGCUAUGCUUUCAUCAAGAGAAUCCGUGAGGGGAGCGUCAUCCACCAGAUUCAGGUUAUUAACGUGGGCGAUAUGAUCGAGUCUAUCAACGGCCAUCGCCUGAUAGGCUGCCGACACUAUGAGGUGGCCAAAAUGCUGAAGGAGCUGCCCAAAGGGAAGGAGUUCACCAUCAAGCUGGUGGAGCCUCUCAAGGCCUUUGAUAUGAUCAGCCAGCGGUCUGGAGGGUCCAGGUCGGCAUCAGGGGUUCAGCUGGGGACUGGCAGAGGAACCCUCCGGCUGCGAUCUAAAGGUCCUGCUACUGUGGAAGAACUGCCUUCUGCGUUUGAGGAAAAGGCCAUUGAGAAGGUGGACGACCUGCUUGAGAGCUACAUGGGCAUCAGAGACAGCGAGCUUGCGGCUACCAUGGUGGAGCUGGGAAAGGACAAAAAGAACCCUGAUGAGUUUGCCGAGGCUUUAGAUGAAACCCUGGGAGAUUUCGCCUUCCCUGAUGAAUUUGUUUUCGACGUCUGGGGUGCCAUCGGUGAUGCUAAGGUUGGGCGGGUGUAACCACAGAAACCAAUGGAGCAGAACAACUUCUGUGUGUGUGACGCCUACAACAUUAAGCACUACUAGGAAACACAACACUACCGUCAUGAGUUUGUUUUUAUUCCAGUGUAUACUCCUACUAUUUUUAAUUUAGAGUGUACCCUUUUGGGAGACUCUGCCUAGACAAAGAGGAUAAUACCAGUUAAUGGGAGAGGAAGGUGUCUGUGAUGACUUCCCAAGUGCUUUUAUUUGUCUUCCGGCUUUAUCCAGAAACUACAAGCACGCUGAUGAGCAUUCCCUUUGACCGCAUCACAUGAACCUGCAUGUCAUUGUUGUAGUUGCUGGCAGUGGAACAAGAACAGCACAAGUCUCUAAUAUGGGAGAAAUGAAAGACAACGGCUAACACAAAGUAGAUAUUUGAUACUUAGCAAAAAAAAAUGUGAUUUUUUUCUUUUUUUUUUUCCACAUUGCACUGUUGCACUGCGCUGUAAACCAACAAUAGACGUGAACAGAGAUUGCACUGUACCUCACCUGGUGAGCGGCACAGUUAUUGCACAGUACAAGGCAUCGGCCUCCCUGAAACACAGUACAGUGUCAUCCUGAAACACUCGAUGUUACUGUUACGGAUCGGUUUUACAAGCAUGUGCUGUUAUAUUUUUAUCUUCAUCAUGAAUUCUGCUGGUUUUCUGUUCUUUUGUUUGUUUGUUUUUUGUUGUUUUUUUAUGGUAAAAGAAAACAAUAUGGUUGCAGAAAGGUCGUAGUAAACUGUAGCUUCUGACUUAAAGAUCAGUGGUGUUUGCCCACUGACACACUCCAUGCUGUAAUGAAGUCAGCUGUGCAGACAGCAGCACAUUCCUUACUUUCAUACAUUUGACAGUGUUAAAAGAGAAUCAGUGUUAAUUGACCUUUUUACUGAAGGUCAAUAUGUGGGAAUGAGAAGCAGAUUGGUUUCCAGGUUUGUGGAUUGUGUGGAUUUUUUUUAUAGUUAGUGUUUUUAUAUAAAGUGAUGUGAUGUCUAUUUUAAAACAAGGUGUGUGAUGAAGAAUUUGAUCGUGUUGGAACUACUUAAUGGUUUUGAAGCAUUACAGAGAGCAGUAUUAAUGAAAAGAGAGAGGCAUGAGAUGGAGUAGUUGUGUAAGGAAAAAAAAAAAGAAAAAGGAUUUGUUAAGAACAAAAUGCCUUUAUUUUUUUCUCAUUUCAUGCAUUUUAUACAUUUUGUUAGAAGUAUGGAUUCUGGUGCAUGAUGGUGCUGAAAAAUGAAGUAUACUGUCACUGGAGCAGAAUGAUACCAAACUACUUCCAUCAUGUGUCCAGCAGUGACUUCAGAGGAAAAACAGGCAGUGUCGCACCCACUACUCAGCGUAGGUAAACACAUGUCUUAAAAAAAAAUCCUUUGGUGUUAACCUUUACAGUAUAUCCAAAUGUAUGAAGCUAUUUUGUAGUUUUGUUUCAUUCUUUACAGUUAAUGAAUAUCUAAAUGGGGUUAUGUAAUGAAACUGAUGCUAGAACACUGUAACACUGAGAAGAAGACAUUAUUUUGAUGGCUUUGUAUUACACUGUUGUCAUUGUCCAAUUAUAAUGCAAUAAUAACAUCAA